UGGUCAAAAAAUUCAAUGUCCUGCAAGACGAAUCGAAACAAACUGCGGCAAUUCUUUUGCCAAACAGGAUCGAGCGAUGUGGAUCGAUUUUACAACAUAAAAGGUUUCCUCUGUGAAAACAAUCGUGUAAUAAAUACAUGGGACGACAGUCGUUUGCCUUCAGAAUGGACAGAUUUCGAAGAAGGACGAGCAUUCCUUUUUUUCCUCCCCUACCUUUGUUCCGCUCAUGAAAGAUGGUCGAUCUGUAAUAUGGUCCGGUCGUCGAAGAGCCUCAAGAGAACGGGAGUAAUGUCGGCGCACGGAAAUGACGCGACGAUCGACUCGUCGCCGUAUUAUUUUCGCCGCACCACCAGAGAAUCGGUCAAGCCGCAGGACGAUCGUGCAACGCCGAGCCAAAACGCGGACGACAAACCCUCGAUAAUUUUAACGAUUGGGUCGUCCAAGGGGAGAUACAAGUACUGCGCUUGCUGCCUCGCUGGGAUGCUGACGAUCCUGUUGUGCGUCGUAAUCGGCGGGAUGCUGUUCCCAUAUCCUCUGCACGCCUCGUGCAUUGUUAAAUGGAAGUUUGACGAACCGUGCGCGUCCGUGAUGCAGAAAUUCCGACGUCAGAUAUCGAACUGGUCUUCUUGGAACACUUGCCGGCAGCGUGACGGAACUUGUCUGUAUACGCUCAAGCUACCUGUGGAGAAUAACGUAAUCAGAGCGACGCACAGGACAUCGAAUUUGAAGUCACUCGAGAGGCUCGAGAUCGUCUUCGAGAAGAUAAACAACACAUGUCUUGCUAAAGCUAACUCUGUUUCAAGUGAAUGGUUUAUGAUAUUCGAUCACGGCACGAAUUACUGCAAUCUGCACAAUUUGGUAGUGGGAGCCGGUCUCGACAGAAACGCGAAAUUUCUGGAGCUGACGAGUGACGCUGUGUGCACGCAAUUCAAUAUGGCAGUCUGUUUAUGAAACAAGACAUACCGUUCACUUGUGGUUUCUCAAAAUUUAUAUAUAUAAAUUUAUUUCAAAGUUUAUAUAUAUAUAUAUGUAUAAAUUAUAUAUACAUAU